GUACAAAGCAGCGCCAGCGCCGCCGGGUCGGGGCCGGGGCCGGCAUGGAGGGAGCCGGGCUGGGCGCCACCGUGUGCGCCGCGGCCGCGGGGCUGCUGCUCUACCGCUUCGCGCGGAGGAAGAAGCCCACGCACGUGACGGUGAACUGCUGGUUCUGCAACCAGGACACGGUGGUGCCCUACGGGAAUCGCAACUGCUGGGAUUGCCCCAACUGUGAGCAGUACAACGGCUUCCAGGAGAAUGGAGACUACAACAAGCCCAUCCCUGCCCAGUACAUGGAGCACCUAAACCACGUUGUGUCGGGCGGCACCACUUACUGUGAUCCCACCAAACCACAGCAGUGGGUGAGCAGCCAAAUUCUGCUCUGCAAGAAGUGCAACAACCAUCAAACCAUGAAAAUCAAACAGCUGGCUUCAUUCUCACCGAGGGAGGAGGGCAAGUAUGAUGAGGAGAUUGAGGUGUACAAGCACCACCUGGAGCAGACCUACAAGCUGUGCCGCCCGUGCCAGGCUGCUGUGGAGUAUUACAUCAAACACCAGAACCGGCAGCUCCGCGCGCUGCUGCUCAGCCACCACUUCAAGCGCCGUGAGACGGACAAGGCCUAUGCCCAGAAUUUAUGUUCGUCCUCCUCCUCUGCUUCCAUAACCACACCAGCUCAGGUGAUCCUCCUGCGGUUCCUGGCCUUCCUCAGCUGUGCGUUCCUGGUUCUGAUGGCCUUGUACGGGUCAGGCGACCCCUUCUCCCUCAGCACAGCAGUCCCUGCUCCCGUCCCCUCUGGCCCAGCGCCCCUUCGGAACAGGACUGGCUCAGGCUCCCGUGCAGACGUGGGCAAUGACACCUCAGUGAGGGUGGCAGGAUGGAGGGAGCUGCUCCAGCUGCUCCCGGAGCACGUGGUGGAGAACCUGAGCGCCGUGUGGGCUUAUGGGAAGAAUCACCAGAUGGCCGUGGCUGUGCUGGGGCUGUUCACCUGCCUGCUGGCCAUGUUCCUGGCUGGGAGGAUCAGACUCCGGAGAAUCGACGCCUUCGCCUCCGUGCUGUGGUUCGUGGUGAUGAGCCUGCACGUAGCCGAGAGGUACCUGAAGAUGGAAACCCCCAGCUGGCUGGACACGGCCAAGUUUGGCACCACGUCCCUGUGCUGCCUGGUGGGAUUCACCGCGGCCGUGGCCACGCGGAAGUCGACGGGCCAGCGGAGAUACCGGCCCCGAAGGUACCUCUCUGGGGAUUCCAUGACUCUCUUUCCCAACGGCACCGGGACAGCCUUCCCUUCACCUGCCACGUCUCUCUUUGUCCCAACACCACCCAGUCUCCUCCACCUGACAAACCAGCAGCUCUUCAGGUCCCCACGCAGAACUUCUUCAUCCUCCCUCCCUGGACGUCUCAACAGGGCCCUGUCACUGGGGACCAUCCCCUCCUUGGCCAGGGCAGAUUCUGGCUACUUAUUCAGUGGAAGUCGACCAGCCUCCCAGUCCUCCCACUCCAAGGAAUCUCCCACAUCAGAGCACUUCUCCCUGCUGUCUGGCAGCUGUGCUCCCUCCCGCAUCCCCUCCCCAGCACCAUCCGUGGCCGGAUCGGUGACUUCCAGCGCGGGAUCCCUGCGGUUCCGCCGGCCCCUCAUCAGCCCUGCCCGCCUGAACCUCAAAGGACAGAAGCUGCUGCUGUUCCCAUCCCAGAAUGAGGCCCUGCUCACCCCAACCAGCUCAGAGGAGCACACCCACUCAGACAGCAACAUCUUUGCCCCCGAGCUGUCGAGCUUCCCGAGGAAGAGCCUCAGCGAGCGCGGAAUGCCCGAUAUGAGAUCUGCUAUGGAAGGAGGGAGCAUUUGCAGUGAUAAUUCCAUCAAAAAGGAGGAUCACUCGUCACACUCAUCUACCUGUGUGGUAGACACAACUACCAAAGGGGAGGAUUUGCCAGGCUGGAGGGGUCACUUUGGUACCUCUGCUCUGCGGGGCCUGCUGGCUGUGAGCCUGACCCUCAAUGCUGUGUUCACCUCAGCCUACGUCUACAGGAGCCUGCGCUGAUUUGUGCCAACACUCCCUUUCCUUCCGGGUCCACCUGGUCCUGAGGAGACAACAAGAAUCCAACCAUGGCUUCACGUCUAAUGGCCAUGCCACUGGUGCAUGCUGGUUUUUAAAGGACUGCUGUACACUCGACACUCAUGACAAGGAACCUGGGUAGCUGCUUCCAUCACUUCCAGGUAGAACACACCCCAGGCUUGCCCCCGGAGGUGGCAGGCAGAACUCCCACCAAGCUCCAGUUCAAAGCAGGAGGCCUGUUAGAACGGCCCACACACUUUUAUUUCGGAACAACUGACCUGAGACACGAGCCUGAAAAUGCGUGAGCUGCAUUUUUAGGAACUUAUCCCAGCUCUUCUUUCUGACAUAUUGACCUCGUGCUGAUGGUGCUGGUAAAAUGAGGAGAAUUAGAGCAAAUGAGCUGAAGGAGAGGGAUGGCUUAGUAGCUGGUGCUGGUCUUUGGCUACUGUAGCAGCAUCCCCAGCCUCUGCUCGCUGGUUCCUCUUCUCUCUUCCCUUUGGCACUCUCCUCUAAACUAUCAGUGAAUUUUCUUUAGUUGCCUUAAGCUUGCCUAAGCACGUGGGUGACCUUGGCUGCUCUGUCAUGUUCUUGCAUCUUAGAUGUCCAUGUGCUUCCACCUGGACCUGGCCCUGAGGCCACUUUGACCAGCUCCCCUUCUGGUCAUGCUGGUUCUCAGCACCUGUUGUCUGCCCAUCCCUGCAGCCACACUGUGCUGCACAGCCCCCACACAGACAUCCUGGAGGGCUGAAGCAGAUCCAGGAUGUGCUUUCCUUUGCCCAGGAGGCGUUAAUUCUGUUCCAGUGAAGUCUGGAAGAAGAAAGGGUCCCGCUGUGAUUUGCACCCCAGUCAAGGGGCUCAAAGUCCCAGCUCUGCUGGGCUUUUCCCUGGAGCAGCGAGUGGCAGAGCUUGUUCUUGCUGUAAAUCGCACAAACCUGUUCUGUCAGAGCUGGGUGAGAGGCUGUCUGAUUGUACACAUCUAUCCACAAACCUGAUGCCUCACUCUGGUGUUGGGAUUUGCUGAGUGACUGUUUCAGAUAUUUCUCAGUUAAGUGCCCAGGUGCUUUUGGUGAAAAAUGCCAAACCUGUACAGUUCAACCUUCUGCAUAGAUUCUCCAUUUCCAACCCAGGGGGAGCAGCCCUUGAUUUCUAAAAGCAGUUUAUCGUUUGGCAUUUCUGCUUUUGGGUGAGUCUUCAGCAUUGCUUGGAAUUCAGGGGCCGUUUAGAAUAUUGUGCUGAACACUCAAAAUCAUUUAGUGCAUCCUAAGGGAAAAAAAAAAAACCAAAAGUCUUGGUGUUUUGAUUUCUAAAUACCAAGUGCAAAGAGAAGAUUUACCAGUGUGUCAAGAAUACCUGGUGAAAAGAGAGCUGACUGGCAUUAGCUGUGUAUUUCCUGAAGCAGGACUUGCUCUAUUAAGAGUUUUUCUAUUGUCUCUUCCUUUGGGCUCCUUUACCUCAUAUUCCUCUCCCCCACCCCACUGUCCUGUGUUUGCAUCUUGAAUUAGUGUUGGGCUUACCGUGUCUUUCCCUCCCUUUCAGUUUGCUGCCGUUCCCUCUCGUGUGCUCUUGCAUGUGCAGAGAACAAAGUGUAUCAGUGCUGACCACUCUGCUCUGAACCUGGAAUUCACACCUUCCUUUCACCUGAUUUCUUUUCUUGUUUUAAUCAAGUCCCCACCACAACCUCUCUUAGUCCGUCAUUGGGGUGAUAGCCAGGCUCUAAUCAGCAUGCAUAUGACACCUUCAGUGGGGCUUUACUGCUGCUGAUUCGAGCACUGAAAAACUGAAGUCUCCCUUUGUCUUUUCCCCCUCUCCCUGCAUAGUUUCAGCAGCCUCACUGCCAGCUGCUGCUCCCACCCUCCCUCUAGGGCAGUCUGCUCCUCCUGCUCCGCGUGGCAACGGUUGGAGGACAGACCUCACCCACUCGUGCUGAUGUGAGAGGCUGAGGAGAUGCCACUCCUGACUCUGCAUCUCUCCCAGCCCCCUCAGGGAGCUGCUGAAGGGCUUGCAGGGCAGCACCUCCCACACAAAGGCCUAGAGCCAGCACAGACCUGCAGCAGGGAGAUGUGCUGUGGGUUGAUGAUUGAGUCUAUUGUAACUUGCAUGAAUUGUUCCUUGUAGCCGAACUGGACCCCAUAACUUUGCUGUAAAGAGAUUUUUGCCCCCUUCUAUAGACUUCUGCAGGCUCACUUGAGCAUGUGUAUAGGCAAGAUGCUAGCACACCGACUUCCAAGCUCCUAUUUGAACCUCUGCUCUUGGGGUUUCGUGGUGUCCUGGUGCAGUGUGUGACAUCCCACUCAUGGAUCCUUGUCCUGCCUGAGGGGCCUCCUGCACAGAGACGAGCUGCCAGAAAAUACUGAAAAGUGGCUUUGCUUGUCUCUGUCACACCGACAGAUGCGCACUGUGACUCCACGUAUGCAAACGUCCCACCUUCGCCUCCCAGCCCACCUGCGCUGGGCUUUGCCAUCACACCCACCUGGAUCCAAGUUGCUCUCGGUGUCGACCAGACUGCAAUAGAAACCUUCUCCUCCCUUCCAGCAACCAAGGAGCUGCAGCGUCUCAACACGCCUCUUCCCACCCCUGCUCCGGAACAGGAACGCUCUGACCCGUCCCUGCGCGGAUGGGCUGAAACUGUUCCUGGAGGGGGGUUUGGUGACCUUGCCCAAAGCAAUAUAAAGACUUUGGAUUUUAUUGCUGAAGAGGGAAGACAACCAAGUUUUUCGUUCUGGUGCUAGAACACUCUCCAGUGGUGCUCUCACAGUUGUGAAGCCUUUGCUUGAAGAAUCCACGAGUGUGUGUGAGUGUGAGUGUGUGUGUGUGUGUGUGUGUGUGUGUGUGUGCAGGUGUAUAAAAACAUUUGGAGGGUUUCUUCAUUUCAAAAGACCUGAGCCCGUGUUUUGUCUUUAUAUUGUUGGCCUUAAUCUAGCUCGUAGAUACUGUGUCUAUCUUGCUGCUCUUUUCUAUAUGAAGCUGGUUUGGAGGAAACAAAAGUUGAUCUGGUCCCCCUGUAAAAGUCUUCGUGACUGGUGGUGUUGAUCUUCGUACAGCGUUGGUCAGGGGGGAGAUUUUAUUUUUCUAAUCUUUUUCCUACUGCAAAAGUUGUUGGAGUGGAAUGGAAAAGAUCUUUACAAAAUGGUCUGAUAAAGGUGUGAGCAUUACUUAAUAAUACCAACAGUUAACGAUCAGGUGGAGUAUAAAUGAGCUCUAUUUCCAGGCCUUUUCCAUUUCCUACCUUCCACUGGAAAUGCCCAGGUACUUUUUCUUUGGAUAUGAGCUUGUUAGGCAUGUUCUGAGACCUUGCAGAUACUGUAGAUGAUUUUGCUGUUCCGACUUAGAAAGAAUUUGGAUUUUAGAGUUUGGUUCCAGUUCCACAGUCUGGGUAGUUUGGCAGAUGUGACAAAUAUUAUGCACAUAUCUAUUUCAUGGGAUAGAGGGGAUUGGAAGAAGGAGUUGUUUAUCUUUUUACAUAAAAUUUUAGACAUUAAGCUGGUCACUCGGGGGGGUGGGGGGGGAAAGAACUGGCACGUGUUGGCCAGAUUCACUGAAUUUUAGGCUGUUCAAGCAACAGAUUUGGCCUGUGAAUGUUGGAUUCCCACUCCAUUUUCUUGGGUGAUGGGAACAUCUGUAAAACACUGCUGAACUGGCUGGGUUCCUUAAAACAGGGCAGCUGGAAUGAAGGGCUUGUGUUGCCUGUGGAUGCUGCUAUAUCUUUUCUUCCAAGCACCAUUCCUGGAAAUAACGAUGGUCUUAACCUCUCUCACAGACAUUUGUUAAAAGGCUAGAAAGGGCCAAUUUGGCCAACUUUUUUUUUUUUUUUUUCUUUUCUGCAUCCAGAAAUUAUCGUCACUGUGUCCUGUGGUGGGAGUAAGGUACAGAGUACUUUUGGACUGAAUGGGUAUCUAGAGAGGGUGAGGAGGACAAUUUCAAGUCCUAAACCUUAUUUCCUGUGAAAGACUGUAUGUUAUGUGUGUAUCCUUCUUUGGGGAGCUCUAUCACUGUACAGUUUAGUUAAACGUGCUCCAAGGAAGGGGAAGCUGUUCCUCAGAGGUUUUUAGUUCAUGCUUUGUGUUUAAAGAAGAAUAUUUUUCUUUAAAAAAUAAAAAUGGGUAAGUUUUCA